AUAUUGCACAGCGCCAUCAAUUGACGGCAUUUGGCCAAUUUAAAGUCAGGUGUAGCUCAGACGAUCGACAUGUCGUCAACUUAUUGAGAUAUUCUUGAUUUUGCAGAUGAAAACCUGACAUUCGACCUGCUUUUCAGGUCAACGUGAGCACCUCAUCAUUCAUAAAAGCAUACUUCACUCACUAUGGCUGAUCCACUGAACCAGGCAUCGACAGAAUCCCACAAUGCUCCUGCACCAGACCUAGAUCAUCAGCCUCCUCCACCUUCCACGAUUGCCACGAUCCCAGAGAUGGAUGAAGGGGACUUGGAGCCAGAGGGGGCGGAGUCACAGAAUAAUGAGGGGGAGGAUGGGAGGGACGACGAAGAAAAUCCACCCAGUAUUGGAGACGGGGAUGCAGCAAUUGCAAUGCAAGAUGAUGAUGACAAUGCGCAACCACAAGGUCGGUGCCCGGCAUUGGUCGCAUGGUUUAAAUCCAAUGCGUUUCUCAUUUACUGCAGCCAGUUCUUUUCUGCCUGGGGUGACCGCAUGUGGACAUUUGCCGUUGCCCUGUACCUCGUGGAAAUUGAGGACAACUCGCUACGACUGACCGCUGUCUUUGGUUUUGCUUUGACCAUCUCGGUUCUACUGUUUGGCACCCUGGUGGGUCAGUGGGUGGACAGAACGCCUCGGUUAAGUGCCACCAGGCAGAGUCUUGUGAUCCAAAACUCGGGGGUCAUCAUCAAUGCCGUCUGUCUCCUCAUCUUGCUGCACUUCAAGACGGAGAUCCUGCCCGUUGGAAACGGCAGCCUCUUCUUCUUCUGCCAGGUAGUGAUCAUCGUCCUGGGCGUGAUUGCCAACCUGGCGAGCGUUGCCGAGAAGAUCUGCAUCCAGAAGGACUGGGUGGUGGUGCUGGCAGGGGGCAACAAGGAGCGUCUGGCAGAAAUGAACGCCACGGUUCGUCGCAUCGACCUGACAGUCAAUAUUCUGGCCCCGAUCCUGGUGGGUCAGAUCAUGUCGUUUGCCUCCAUGACGGUAGCCGGGAUCUUCAUUGCGGGCUGGAACCUGUGCUCCCUCAUACUGGAAUACUACCUGUUGCUAAGGGUCUACAAGAAGGUCCCCAGACUGGCCAUAAAGCUUCACAAGGAUGAAACUGAAACGGCCACGGCUGCGGAGCCAGCGGGCCAGACCACCGAACCCGAGGCAGCCACUGAACCCAACGAGGAGGCAGAGAUAAAGCCCAGUGCAGAGAACCCAGACGCAGAACCUCAAGCAGACGCACAAGUUGCAGAUGAAGAUGAACCUCCAAUGGAGCAUUCCACAGCUGGAGAUGCUAGAGGGACUGAUGAACAUGCUGAACCAGAUUACAAAUCAGGAGGCCCCAAAAACACAGCGAAGGGUUGGAGCAGAUUGGAGGAAGACACGCCAGACGACCAGCAACCCGCCGACACUGAGGUGCAGGUCACGCAGCCUUCGCCCAGACCCACGAUCCUGCGACGAGUUGCCAACUGGUUCAUAUCCUACUACCAUGGCUGGCUGACCUACAAGUCCUAUCCCGUCUACAUGGCUGGUCUGGCCUUAGCGUUCCUCUACAUGACCGUCAUGGGGUUCGAUUCCAUCACGACCGGCUAUGGCUACUCCAUGGGGAUAUCGGAAGCCUUGCUGGGGGUCAUCAGAGGCUUAGGUUCCAUCGCCGGCAUUGUGGGGACUUUCGUCUACCAGCGAAUGCGUCAAAAGAUCGGUGCUACCCGCACGGGUCUGUACGCCCUCUCCGAGGAAAUUCUGUGUCUGUUGCUCUGCGUCUUUUCCGUGUGGGCUGCAGGUAGUCCGUUUGACCCUUACUACUACUUUUCUGGCCAAUCAAACUCACCAACAGCUGGGCCAACUAUUGGCAAUGACACAGGGAACUUUUCUGCUGUCACACCAAACGUCACAAUGGAUCACACACCCCUGAUAACACCACAGGGCAGGGAUGAUCCAAAGAGCUACUUAUCUCCAAUUUUAUUCUUCGCAGGAAUGGUUACUUCCAGAGUAGGCUUGUGGAUGUUUGAUCUGGUGACCACCCAGCUCAUCCAAGAGAACGUCCAGGAGAAUCAGCGCGGCGUCUUCAACGGUGUCCAGCGCUCCUUGGAGUGCUCCAUGGACAUGCUUCAUUUCAUCCUGGUCAUCAUCCUCCCGGCUCCAGAGACCUUUGGUUAUCUCAUCGUCAUCUCCUUCUUUUUCAUCUGCACGGGGGCCGUCUUGUACUGCGUCUUUUCCUUCAGGGACAGGGGUCACCUCUUCCACACGGAGAAGUUGACACAGUGUCUGCAUCAGAACGGCGAAGCUGGAAGAAUGAUGAGGUUCCACAACGAGACGGAGAACGAUUCUGAAGCUUGAACAUUUUUUUUUUACAAGUUUACGGCAUUUGACGGGUACCCUUGAACAAUUUAUGGGUCUGGAUUUUAUAAGUUAUCCCGCGAGCGCGAGUGGAACACAGAAUAAUGUAGUGCGUCUGUGUCCCGCAUACCACGAGGCCGAAUAUGUGGGACACAGACGCACUGCAUUUUCCGUGUUCCACGAGCGCGAGCGUGAUAACGAAUUUAUCUUCAAGCAAACUUGAUGCGCAGUACAGUUGGAACGAGCACACUUUACACGGACAUUCAAUCGCAGUAGCGUAUGCAGCCGGAAUGUCGCUCGCAUCUUUGAACAGCGGAAUACGCGGAGUGCGGUAUGCACCGAGACUGUGCUAAAUGGUUAUAUGUAGCACGGCUUGUUGCCAUGGAUCGACCAAUCAGGAUCGAGGAUUCAAGUUUACUUAAAGGUAAUAGUAUAUGUAGUAGAGUAUUGCUACGUUGUUUUGUGGGUCUUUUUUUUGGUUUCAUGUCCUGCGCCAAUCGUUUUUUUGGUUUGCCCAAAGUUUUGCUUGAUGGUGCUUAACCUCGGUGCUUAACCUUGAUGUUGCUUCAGCAGUUUAUGAGUGUCUCAGAAGUUACAGCCAAAACUUAAUUAUUAAGAACC